AUGACAGAAGAAAAGAAGGCGGUUCAAAAGCGGCUUAAGCCGUUCUACGAUGAAAUCAUGACUCUAAAAGAGCCGAGCGGGCUAGAAAUAUAUCCAAUUUUCCAAAUCCUUCCACCUAGAAAGGAUUACCCCGAUUACUAUAGAUUGAUUCAUCAUCCAAUGUCUUUGAGUACUGUCAAGAAGAGGCUCAAUAACCACUACACUAACCCACAAGAAUUUAUUCAGGAUUUGGCCCAAAUAACCUGGAAUGCGAGGACCUACAAUACAAAGCAGUCGGACAUUUAUACCUAUGCGACCAUUUUCGAUUCUUAUAUCAGGGACACAGUAAUCCCUGAUUUGCGCAAUGACUACCCAGGUGUAAUGUACCCCAAUUUAGGUCCUCUGCCCGAUGAGAUUGAAGCCAUGGCUCGCGAGCACAGGGAUCAAAACGUUUCCGAUAUUCCAACUGGUGGCGAUCAAAGUGGUACAAACACCAACAACAACAGUGACUCUGAGACUCUCAAUGCGUCGAAUGACGAGGAAGAAGACGAUCUGGACGACGAGUAUACAGAGCGCAAGAAACCAUUACCAAAGAUCCGAAUUCCACCCGUUGCUCAAUCUCCUGGUCCUGGAUCGCUUGCCCCACCUUCGCACUCUAUGACACCUUCACCACUAUACCAAAGACAUCAACAACAAAAGACCCAUAUGAGACGCGGUAGACCUCCAGUAAUUGACUUGCCGUAUGAGCAGCGAAUCAAAAAUGUCUUGAAGGUUUUAAAAAAAGACACUAAUGAGCGUGGUGAGAACAUUACCGCUGCCUUAGAUCGACUACCCGAUGAGGAGCGCGAGCCUCAAUAUUACUCACUAAUUUCCAACCCUAUUUCGAUCGAUGAUAUUAGAAAAAAGGUUAAGCAAAGAAAAUAUAAAACCUUCCAAUCUUUCCAGCAAGAUUUCAGAUUAGCUAUAACCAAUUAUCAGCUCUAUCAUAGAUCACAACCUACUGAAUUGAGGCGUGCUUCUGAACUUGACAAGCGUUUUAGCGAACUGGCGAAACACGAGUUAUCAAGGUCCGAUGAGCAGUACAUGACAGAUGGAGAACUGAAGUAUCCACUAAAUGAGGUUGAACUCAAUGGGACAACGUACAAAAUAGGUGAUUGGAUUUUGAUCCACAAUUCCAACGAUUCCGCCAAGCCAACAAUAGCCCAAAUUUUUAGGCUAUGGCACACCUCUGAUGGUAGACGUUGGUUGAACGCGUGUUGGUAUCUAAGACCUGAGCAGACUGUACACAGAGUGGACCGCCUUUUCUACAAGAAUGAAGUAGUCAAAUCUGGUCAGUAUAGGGACCAUCUUGUGGACGAAAUUGUGGGCAAGUGUUACGUUUGUCAUUUCACUCGAUUCCAACGUGGAGAUCCAGACUUGGAGAUUGAAGGCCCACUAUUUGUGUGUGAGUUCAGAUACAAUGAAAGUGAAAAGGUGUUCAAUAAAAUUCGUACAUGGAAAGGAUGCUUGCCUGAAGAGAUUCGGGACGUGGAAGAGGCUACAAUACCUGUACUUGGCAGAAAGUUCUUCAAAUACGAUUCUCCUAUAAAACACCUACUGUCACCCAAUGCUACGGUCAACGAUCGCAUUCCGAUGCCAACUGAAGGGGCAGUGAAUGCACCGCCUCUUGUUGGAGCCGUUUAUUUGAGACCCAAGGUCAGAAAGGAUGAUCUGGGCGAAUAUUCCACAUCAGAUGAUUGUCCUCGCUAUAUCAUUAGGCCUGGAGAUCCAGUUGAACACGGAAAGGUAGACAUGGAGACCGGAACGUUAGUGACGAACACGCAAACUACUACAACCCUUCCCAAGGGAGUAACUAGCCCUUCAACCACACGGUUGGCUUCACUGACAAAAAGUAGGAGUGGGACUGGUUUGUCCAGCAUGCGACAGACGAACACUGCCGUGUACAACCCUCCAACUAUGAAAUCGUCACAGUACUUUCCACCGGGUCAGGUCUCGUCAGCGAGUACUGGCCCUGUGACAAUGCAGCAGACCCCCUUAGUUUCAAAUGUUAACACGCUAGCACCAACGCAGACCAUCAAAUUGAGUUCACAAGCCCCCAAGCUGCCAGCCUACCAACCUCCAACCAUCAUCAACAGCUUGGCCGCCCAGGCUCGCACCAAUAAUUCUGUUCUGGGCACAAUAUCGACAGACAUGCCUUUGGCCUACGUUCUGCCCUUACAGAUUUCCAAGAAUGUUGAACUGUUGCAACGCAGCGAUUACGGCUCUCAGUCUAGAAGACUACCCAAAGACCAGCUGCCACCCAAGCGCAAACGUGGCAAGGGCGAAGUGUUGUGGUUCCGGGGACCUAGUGUAGCGAUUUCCGAGCGUCUGUUAAAUUCAAAGAACGAGAUCACUGACCUCCCUCUGAACCGGUGGUUCAAAAAACGGAGAAUGGAAUACGAAGAGGUGGAUGCCGAGGACAAUGAUUACAUGAAUGACGAUCAGGAGGACAAUAACUCAUCGGUUAACAACUUCAACAGCAACAACCCUGCCGAUGACGACUCCGAGGACGAGGACUCCGCGCUACCAGGAACCUUUCCUCUGGGUCUCAGACCGUCUGCCUCGUACAUGGCCUUCAAGUUGGCUCAACAACAGACUGUGGAGCAGUAA